UUCCACCUGCCGGUAAGUCUUUGAGAACAUAAUGUCCGUCUGCACGUCUUCUCACAAGGAUUUUUCUCAGCUGCUGCCUGUUCAAGACAUGGAUAUCAAAAACUCACCAUCAAGCCUUAAUUCCCCUGUUUCCUACAACUGUAGCCAGACCAUCCUACCGCUGGAGCAUGGCCCCAUCUAUAUCCCUUCCUCCUACGUAGAGAACCGUCAUGAAUACCCAGCUAUGGCAUUCUAUAGUCCUGCUGUGAUGAAUUAUAGUGUUCCCAGCAGUGCCAAUAACCUGGAAGGUGGGCCUGUUCGACAGACCACAAGCCCAAAUGUGUUAUGGCCAACUUCUGGACACCUCUCUCCUCUAGCCACCCAUUGCCAGUCGUCACUUCUGUAUGCAGAAUCUCAAAAGAGUCCUUGGUAUGAAGCAAGAUCACUAGAACACACCUUACCUGUGAACAGAGAGACCCUGAAAAGGAAACUUAGUGGGGGCAGCUGUGCCAGCCCCGUUACUAGUCCGAGUUCAAAGAGGGAUGCUCACUUCUGCGCAGUCUGCAGCGAUUAUGCAUCUGGGUAUCACUAUGGCGUCUGGUCGUGCGAAGGAUGUAAGGCUUUUUUUAAAAGAAGCAUUCAAGGACAUAAUGAUUAUAUCUGUCCAGCCACAAAUCAAUGUACCAUAGACAAGAACCGGCGUAAAAGCUGCCAGGCCUGCCGACUUCGCAAGUGUUACGAAGUAGGAAUGGUCAAGUGUGGAUCCAGGAGAGAAAGGUGUGGGUACCGCAUAGUGCGAAGACAGAGAAGUUCCAGUGAGCAGGCGCACUGCCUGAGCAAAGUCAAGAGAAACAGUGGGCACGUCCCCCGGGUGAAGGAGCUACUGCUGAGCACCCUGAGCCCGGAGCAGCUGGUGCUCACCCUCCUGGAGGCUGAGCCGCCCAAUGUGCUAGUGAGCCGUCCCAGCAUGCCCUUCACCGAGGCCUCCAUGAUGAUGUCCCUCACUAAGCUGGCCGACAAGGAACUGGUGCACAUGAUUGGCUGGGCCAAGAAAAUCCCUGGAUUCGUGGAGCUCAGCCUGUUGGACCAAGUCCGUCUCUUGGAAAGCUGCUGGAUGGAGGUGUUAAUGGUGGGGCUGAUGUGGCGCUCAAUCGACCACCCCGGCAAGCUCAUCUUUGCUCCAGACCUCGUUCUGGACAGGUCAUCAGAAGACCCUCACUGGCACGUUGCGCAGAUGAAGAGUGCUGCCCCAAGGGAUGAGGGCAAGUGCGUAGAAGGGAUCCUGGAAAUCUUUGACAUGCUCCUGGCGACGACAUCAAGGUUCCGUGAGUUAAAACUCCAGCACAAAGAGUAUCUCUGUGUGAAGGCCAUGAUCCUCCUCAACUCCAGUAUGUACCCCCUGGCUACAGCAAGCCAGGAGGCAGAGAGUAGCCGGAAGCUGACACAUCUCCUGAACGCAGUGACAGAUGCCCUGGUCUGGGUGAUUGCCAAGAGUGGCAUUUCCUCCCAGCAGCAGUCCGUUCGCCUGGCCAACCUCCUGAUGCUUCUUUCUCAUGUCAGGCAUAUCAGUAACAAGGGCAUGGAACAUCUGCUCAGCAUGAAGUGCAAAAAUGUGGUCCCAGUGUAUGACCUGCUGCUGGAGAUGCUGAAUGCCCACACGCUUCGAGGGUACAAGUCCUCAGUCUCGGGGUCUGAUUGCAGCUCAGCAGAGGACAGUAAGAGCAAAGAGGGCUCCCAGAACCCACAGUCUCAGUGAUGGCCAGGCCUGAGGCUGACAGUCUACGGAGAUGGUCAAAGGUGGAACCAUGUGCCCUCUCGGCUCCCCAGCUGGGGCUUCAUCUUCUGCCUGCCUUGGUCAUGUACCCUUCCCCCACGUUCCACUUCCCAGGGGUCAGGGCGG